AUGCACUCCCACCUGCACCUCAGCCGCGCCAGCCCCUCGGACCUGGACGAGAUAAUCACCGCGCAAUACACAUCUUUCGCAGGGCUAGACGCACACGAUGCGCUCUUCGGGCCUGACACGCCCUCCGCGCGCGCCAUAGCCAGAAAAAAGUUCCUGAAGGAUAUGCGGCACGAUGCCGCGGAUGUCUGGAUGAAGAUUGUGGAUAAGCGGACGGGGAGGAUCGUGAGCGCGGCGAAUUGGAAAGUUUACCCGAAUUGGGGAGGGAGUGGGGUAAAGGAUGAGGAUGGGGUUGGGAAGGGAGGUGGGAAGGACCCGGCGCAGAUAACGAACGGUGAUUCUGCACUGGUGGUGGCGGCGCCGGCGCCUGCUAUGGAGAUGUAUGAGGUGGGCAGCGUGGAGCGCGAAGCCGCGGAGGACGCGAUGAGGGAUUUUGUGGAGAGGAGGAAGAGGUAUAUGGAUGGGGAGGGGCAUGUUCUUCUCAACAUCCUCUUCACCGUCCCUGCCUACCAGCGUCACGGCUGCGGCGCCAUGAUGGUAAAAUGGGGCACUGAGCUUGCCGAUCAACUCUCGGUCCCAGCCUGGGUUGAGGGCUCGCCUGCUGGAUGGCGUCUCUAUGAUACGCACGGGUUCGAGGAACUUGAGAAGAUUGCUAAGAAGACGAAGAAGUGGACGGUGGUUUAUUACAUGAUGCGUAGGAAGGCGCGACCUCUGAGCUUAGACGAUAGAGAUGCAGCAUAA